AUGUCGGGUACUCCGGUCCUACCAUCCUUUCCGGAGUCGGUGGAGAAGGUUGUGGAAGUGCCGCAGAACGCAGUAGGGAAGGCCAUUGGUAAAGGAGGAGACUGUAUUAAAAGAAUAAGACUGGAGACGGGUGCACGUAUUGAGGUUGACCAGAGUAGCAAAGAUCAAGGUUUCAGUCGAUUCAUCGUCACCGGAGCUCGUGCAGAGCAAGUUGACAACGCUGUCGAGCAGCUCAACGAGAUAAUACGCUCGUGCGAGUCAUGUGACUUCCUCCGCCCUGGAGAUAUCGAGCGCCGUGUUUCUCUGCCGGAGGAUAAAGUUGGUGAUGUGAUAGGGCCUCGCGCGUGUGUACUCGAUGAGCUCAAGAGGAGGAGUGGAUGUCGAAUGGAUGUUGUGGUUAAAGUCCCACCUGGCGAGAUGAAGUAUGCUCGAAUUGUUGGACCACCUGAGGCGUGCACCAUCGGCGCUUUCCUGGUUAAUGAAGUUAUCCAAGGGAAUUUCGAUGUUGGUGGGGUCAUUCGGCAAUACUCGGAGAGAACCGGGCAAGUCCUGUUCGAUCCGAACCAUGAUAUGCGAAGAAAAGGCGGUGGCGGCUUUUCGGGAGGCAAAGGGAACAACUUCGGCACUCCUGAGAGAUACGAUGAUAUGAGCGGAGCGAUGAAUUUUAGAGGAAAGGGCUUUGGUGGCCGUUUUGAUAGUCCUCCACAAGAUCAAUGGAGUAGACGUCGUGAAAAUGAGGGCAGAAAUUGGCAAAGUACACUUCCUCCUGCUCCUACUGCUCCACCAGCAUCAUACGGCUCUUAUGGAGUGGAAAAAACAGCUGCUGCUGGUGGUGGUGCUGGUUAUGGGUUGAUGAAUUCCAAUGCCAUAGUGAAGUUCAAGAUCCCUACCUUUGCGUAUGAUAAGGUUAUGGGCGUGGAUAACGAUGUCUUACGUAGGAUCAGCCGCGAGACAGCGACACAGAUUAAUGAGCUUUCUGGUAGAGACGAAAUAGGACAGGCCAUAUUGCUUUUGGAAGCUCCUUCGCAGACAGCGGUCGACGCCGCUAUUAGAGAGCUAGAGGAAGUCAUAUUUACCUGUGAGAGGCCAAUACCGGGCCCUGAGGAAACACAGGAGUUUCUUCCGAUGAAUGCGACAGAUGCGGCUAAGAUGGAGGGGUAUAGGAGUUGUGUGAUAGACGACUUGAAAAGAAGGAGUGGUUGUCGAAUGGAAAUCACAUUGGCUCGUCCCGACGCUGAUGUUGAUGAUAACAUGCUCACAAUAGUUGGCAAUGCGGAGCAGGUUAAAGUAGGGAUGAUGUUGGCCGCUCAAGUGCUGUCGGGCCAAAUCGACUGCAGUGCUAUUGAGAGGAAGUUCAAGGAGGCUCACGCGGAGGUUUUGUUUUUAAACAUUUUCUAUGUUAUCUGUUGCCUCGCCGAUCUUGAGGCUGUCGGCCUUGUCAUCGGUCGGUACUUUAUGGAGGCCUCUGGUCUCUCGGUGCUUGUCUACUGCUUCCUCUCGAACGAGUUAUAG